UCAAACCAGAAUUGCCUCAUUUUUGGGCAAGUGAACCAGAUAUGCUUUAAUCUUAGAUGAAGUAGAGAAGAUUACAUGCAAUUUUUCUGAUACCAAUGGAAAGUUCUACGUAGAUGGAUUGCUUAUUUCAAACCAGAAUUGCCUCAUUUUUGGGCAAGUGAACCAGAUAUGCUUUAAUCUUAGAUGAAGUAGAGAAGAUUACAUGCAAUUUUUCUGAUACCAAUGGAAAGUUCUACGUAGAUGGAUUGCUACAUAAUAGAACAGCUCCUCUCUCAAUAAGGCGGUCAUCUCCUGGAGUAUUGUAUUCAUUUCAGAACGGGAUUCACAAGAUUAGACUGUUUGUUAGGGAUUAUGGCAUCCAUCAUGUACAAGAUUACAACUGUCUUCUUAAUUCUUUGGUCAAUGAAUAAAGUGUCUCUUUCAGUCAGGUUUCAGGUCUCAUCAACACCAUCAGUAUCUGCGGCACUUGGGUCAGAUGUGGAGUUGCCUUGUCGUAUGAUUCCCGAGAUGAAUGGAGAAAACAUGGAAAUUCGUUGGAUUAAGUCUACAUACCGGCCCUAUGUUCAUCUUUGUUAUUAUGGGAAAGACGAUUACACAAUACAGAUGCCACAGUUUGCUAAAAGAACAGAACUGCUAAAAGAGAACAUCACUAGGGGAAUUUUCCUUUUGAGGAUCCAUAAAGUCACAGCUCAGGAUUCUGGGAAUUACUAUUGUUUUGUUGAGUCCACUGAACAUCAUGGCAAAACAAUAGUAGAGCUGAAUGUUACUGGAAGUCCCUCUAAGCAUCAGGAUCUGGCUCCUAAAUGUCUAGAAGCCCCCCAGUCAUGUCUGAGUAAAGAAAAAAGUCUUCCAGAAACAUCCCGGGAUAAACACAGAAUUAUUAUUAUAAUCUGUGCCAGCCUUACCAUCGUUUCUUUUGUCUGUAUUUGCCUUCUAUUGAAAAGACUUGGUUAUUGCCAGCCACAACCUUCUGAUAAACUUACAGCAAGAGCAUAUACCUUCUGCCACAGCAAACAUGAAUCUGUGAAUGGGAAUGUGGUGGGAUUCAACAUCAAAUGUGAGGGGCCAGUAACCGAGGACAGAACAACCCCCCUUGUUAUGAAUGGGAAAGUGAAUCACACAUAGAAACCGUGUAUCUGUAUGUUACAGGGUCAGUUUCAAUAUAAAUCGCAUUUAAUGAUCACCGUGCUUGCCUUAUAGAUCGUGGAUGACUUGGGAUUUACAUACAGAGCCACAGACUACUUUCUUGAGGACCUUCCUUCAUUUUCUCUUCAUUUUUCACUGAGACAGAUUAUUUACAGAUUAUUACAGAUUAUUAUUACAGAUUAUUACAGAUUAUUAUUAUUACAGAUUAUUUACAGAUAACCAUCAGAUCCAAACUAAUGAAAAAAGUGUUAUGAAUUGUAUAUAUGUAUGUAUAUCUUUAAGUGCUACUUAUGUAUGCAGAGCUGUACAGUAGAAUGAUAGAUAAUGUAGAUAACUAGAAAGGGAAGUUUGAGAACAAACUCCAUGUUGGGUUGAAAAUGUGAAGUCACUCAAUAAAAUCUAGAAACCUUG